CAAACAAAAGUAUCUAAGAGUGUUACCAUAAACAUUUCCUAGACUGAAGGAGAAGACCUUUGUGGUAUACAGGGAAGGAAGAAAUUACAUUUUUAAAACUUUUAAAUUUUAGAUGGGCUUAUUUUUCUCUCCAGCAAUAUAAUAUUCUUAUCGACGAAACCCACAGCAAGAUCGCUAAUUUUGCCACUUGUAAUCUUUUGUUACAAUACAAUACAGUGUUUUCAACUUGGAACGAUUGACUUGUUUCUUCUGCUGCUUUCAUAAAUGGCUUCCAAAGUGACCAUGAACAGUUCGGGUGAAACUGAAGCCGCAGCCAUCCUGGCCGAUAUUGAGAAACUUACCAAGUCUGGCAGCCAGGUUUUAGCAGAUGACCAUCAUGAAAGAGCAUUGUCCAUCUUCAAGAAAGCCUACCUGCUUUCUUUAAAGCUUCCUGAAGGCCAGACCCAAAAGGCUUGUCUGUUUAACCUGGGUGCUGCCUACAUUGCUGUGGGCAAAGCCAAGAAGGGCCUGAAGUGCCUGAUGAAGUGCAAGCUGAAAGAGCCCGAGGGGAGGGAUGCAGACAUGUACUUCAACAUCGGCAUCGCCUAUGAAGAAAUGAAGGAGUACUCCAAGGCUGUCAAGUUCUACCAGAAGGCUGUGAAUGACUACGGAGCUCACCAGGCUGACAACACCGCGGACGCCCUGAUAAAGCUGGCUUACUGUUCCGUGAACCUGAAGGACCCUGCAUCGGCAGCACACUCCUUCCGGCUGGCCGGGCAGUCCUACCAACAGGCUGGGAGGUGGGACUACGCAGCUAUGGCACUGAGGGAAUGUGCCAGCUACAUGAUCCAGAGCCAGAGGUUCUCUAAAGCAGGAGUGCAGCAGGUUCUCAAGGAGUGUCAUCAGAUAUGUAAAGGAAUAUCACAUUCAAGCCUAAAAGGAAAGCUGCUCAAUGACAUCGGCCUACAUUACACAGAGCUGAAGAGUUUUAACCAAGCAAAAGAGUGUUUCACUGAAGCCUUGGGCAGCUGCUCUGGAAUGAGUUUCAGCAUCAGGAAGAGGGCGGUGCUGCUUCAGAACACAGGGGCGAUCCACAAUGCAAUGAACCAGUACGAGACGUCACUCAAGUAUCACGCUGAGGCAGCUGACAUGUACGGUGCCCUAGAGGAAAGGAAGGCGCAGGGUGAAAGUCUGUGCAAUCUGGCCUACGCCUACAGCCAGAUGAAGAAUUAUAAAACAGCAUCGUUGUAUUAUCAAGAGGCCCUGCAAGCUUUCAAGGAUGUAGGUGAUCUACAUGGGCAGUGGCAGAUGUGUGAAGGAUUAGGAGCUACUCAGUUCUGCCUUGGCAACAUGGACCAAGCCAUAUCUUACUACAAACAAGCACUGGCUGUGUUUGGACAGUCAAAGGAGAAAUCUGAGGUUCCCAGGGAGAGGAUCUUGGGUAAACUGACGGACACCAUUAAGUACAAUGUGGCCUUGCAGCAAUCCCACUCACGCAAGCAGAGCUUCCCUCUCCCCAAUGAGACGCUCACCGCUACCACCCCUGCGCUGACUCAGGAGGGCGAAGACGAACACACGCUGUCCUCCAAAGCGUGUGCCGUCAGCCGACCGCUUUUUUUCACACUGCGGACUCACCAUGCAGCCACCCAAGAGUUACAGCAUCGGAGGACAACGCAGCUCUCAGGCAGCUUACAGGCAAGCCCGCAGGCGCCCGGCCAGACUACAGGGGCCGCUGGUGCGUGGUGAGCCGAGGACACCCUGGCCAACCUAAUUUCACCUCAUGGACAGAUGGUAAUCACACUGACGAUCAACUCCAGCGAUCCAUUAGACAAGCGACAGAGGAAACCAGACAAAGCUAAAUCUCGAAUCUGUACAUUGCUCUAGGAUUUUACAAAAUCGGAUGCAUGGAGAGGCUGUAUGAAGAAAUACUACAUAGGACUUAUAAUAUGUAUAUAUAUGGAUACAGUAAUCCGUCGACUGCGGUGGGACCAGAGUAAGGGCGGAUAUGUAAAAAGCCGGAUGAAUGAAUCUGUUUUAAAUAGACUGUAACAAUUACUAUAUUCAUACAAUUAUUGUUCUGAGAUUCAGAUUUUAUUAGGGAGAUUAGAAAGAUACAGGGUAUUAAUGCUUAAAACUGGUAGGAUCUACAAUAACUGAACUAAUCUUCUCCGUUCAGUAAUAAACUAACGUUGCUGAAGAGGUUGAUCAUGGCAGAUAAACAUGCCCCAAUAGUUGUAUUCAUUAUUUUGUUCUUGAUAUAAUUAUUAACAAUAGGAUUUCUGUGCAUGCCUUUUAAACUCAUCAUGCAUCAUAAAUAAUACUUAAAGUUGUUAUGUAAAUAGCAUAUGUCUUAAAUUAAUAAUUUGCCUUGGAAUAUAACAACAUGUAUAACAACGACUGCAAAUAAAAUGUAUAUUGCUUUGAGAUCUAAGACAAUUGCUAUGAAUCACAACUGUAGAUAAACGCCAGCAAGCAUGUAAAGGUAGAUCUGCUGCCCUACAGAACAGCACCUUCUGGACAGGAGCUCUAUUGCAGUUUACAAACUGUACACUUUAAAAUAAAUGUGUGCUGGAUUAAAGCUUCCACCUGGUCUUGGGUCUAUACCUUGUCAAAAGUUACUGGUUUAUAAAAACGCAGUAAUGGUUUACAGCACAUACAAACAUUAUAGUCUGUUUUACUGUGAGAAAUACUCAACCGUGAUUGUGGAACCAUCUCAGCAUGGGGUAGAAAAUGUAUUGCUUUCCCUGGACUCAAAUAACCAGUUAUUCAACUGGUAUGGCCAACUGAAACCAGCAUAACCAUCUCUGACCAGCUUAAAAACAGUCCUGGACAAGGCAGGGAUGUUUAACUAGGGGGAGCUAACUGGGUUUGUAAAUACAACGUUGCCCAACAUGUCAGGUAUGCUGUGAUAGGCAAAGAGUUUAGUUUUGUUGAAUCGUACA